AAUUAAUUAAAAAAAAAAAAACGGAUCUCAGCUCGGUAAGAAACGUAGAAGAGAAGAGAGGGGGUUUGGUUUGGUUAUUCGCAGUGAGCUGAUCCUAUUUGAUUUUCAACAAUUUCUUUCACUUAAUCAAUCUAUCUCUUCGCAAUUAUGAUGAUUAUUUCAUGAUUUAAUCUAAUCUAUUAUAUCUCCUUCCAAUUAUUUUUUCUCAAAAGUUUUGUAUCCAUAUAUCAUAUAUUUAUAUCAUCAGAUUUAAUUCGAUCAUAUCCCUCAAUCAAUCAAUCAAUCAAUCAAUGCAAUGGUGGUCUGCAAAUGUCGCAAGGCUACUAAGCUAUAUUGCUUCGUUCACAAAGUUCCUGUCUGUGGAGAAUGUAUCUGUUUCCCAGAGCACCAAAUCUGCGUGAUACGGACAUAUUCAGAAUGGGUUAUUGAUGGGGAGUAUGAUUGGCCGCCUAAAUGCUGCCAAUGCCAAGCCAUUCUAGAAGAGGGGGGUGGAUCUGAAACUACUCGACUCGGUUGCUUGCAUGUUAUCCACACAAAUUGCUUGGUCUCUCAUAUCAAGAGCUUUCCUCCACAUACUGCCCCAGCAGGAUAUGUGUGUCCUUCAUGUUCAACUUCGAUAUGGCCUCCCAAAAGCGUGAAAGAUUCGGGAUCUCGUCUUCAUUCCAAGUUGAAGGAAGCUAUCUUGCAGACUGGCAUGGAAAAGAAUAUCUUUGGAAAUCAUCCAGUUUCGUUGUCAGUGACAGAAUCACGUAGUCCUCCGCCUGCUUUUUCUUCUGAUCCAUUGAUUAGUAGGGAAAAUCUUGGAAAGUCAGUGUCAGCAGAUGGAUCAGAACUUUCUAAACUUUCAGUUACAGAUAUUGUGGAGAUAGAUGGUGCUAAUUCAGGAGGAAAUUUCAUGAAAAGCUCAAGUCCAGUUGGUCCUGGUGCUACCACAAGGAAGGGAUCAAUCCAUGUUGACCGACAAAACUCUGAAAUCUCAUACUAUGCUGAUGAUGAAGAUGCAAAUCGCAAAAAGUAUACAAAAAGAGGUCCAUUCCACCACAAGUUUCUUAGAGCAUUGCUUCCUUUCUGGUCCAGUGCUUUGCCUACUCUUCCAGUGACUGCACCUGCAAGGAAAGAUGGAUCAAAUGCGACCGAAACCUCAGAAGUUCGUACACGACAUCAAAAGUCAUCAAGGAUGGACCCCAGAAAAAUUCUUCUAUUGAUUGCAAUCAUGGCGUGCAUGGCAACUAUGGGUAUAUUGUAUUACAGACUAGUACAACGGGGUCCUGGGGAUGAGCUUCUUAAUAAUGAUGAAUUGCAUGGAGUGCCCUAAUUCUCACAAGAGUCACUGUUUUGGGCAAACAUACAAGUAGCUGGUUGAUAACUUGUUAUUUGAAUACCUAUGUCAGUGACGUGAUACAUGCCAUCCAUAUUUGCUCUUUGCCCUCAGUUUUGGUGUCCAUUUGAAAUGUAAUUGCAGAUUCAGAUUUAUAUGUUGUUCACUUAUUUGGAUUAUGUUGUAAUUAUCUGGAAUAUUACAAACCUUGGAGCUCAAUUUGUCUCGACGGUUUCAAAUAUAAUUUGCAAUUGCAUGUUAUUAGUCAGCUCCAAAUUUACUACCUGUGGUUGUUUCAUACAGAACAAGUUCAUAGAAGUUAUGGUUUUUUUUCUU